UUCUUUCUUUCUUUCUUUACUUUGCUCUGCUCACUCGUGUUCUUCGUACCUCUACCUCCAUCCCCCACACUGCAACCAUGUCCUUGACCUCGGCAAACGUGUCCUACCCUCCGCACUUGCCAAUGCCCCAGCAUCGUCAGCAGUUGUCCUAUCCUCACUCCUACCCUCAUCAUCCCGAUAUCUCGCCUACCAUGAGCCACGAUUCCAUCUCGAGCAACUCCUCUGGGCCAGUGUCUCCUCCGACUGAAUCCUCGCAUCCUCUCUACAUCUCCACAACUACACACCACCACUCUCACCCCCACCAGCAACAACAACACCUGUCUUCAUAUCACCAUGAUCCCUACCAGGCACCAUCGCCACCGUACUCAUAUCCUCACAGAUCAGGUUCCACAGAACUCGCCCAAAAGCCCACUCUCCCCUACCCUCGUCCGUCUCACACCUACUCGACAUCAUCCCAUCGUGCACACCCAUACUCGCCUUCUACUCUGCCCCCAUUAACAGGACGUGUACCUCUCUCGCCUCAAAGCCCUGUCGACUCUACGGCUCCAUAUCCCAUGCCCAACGCCAACCGAGACGAACGACACCGCUACCGGACUGCGUCGCCUAUGUCUGCGUCUCCACCACCUUCAUCCAGCCCGACCUCCAGCGUUCUAUCGUCAGCAGCACCUCUCUCUGCCAACGACCGGAGAGAACGCAAUAAGGCUGCUUCGGCCAAGUACCGGGCAAAGAAGCACUACCAAUCGGGCGAGAUGCGCUCCCAGAUCACAGUGCUGCAAGAUCAGAACAAUGUCAUCACACGACAGCUCGAGGAGUGCAGGGCUGAGAACGCCUCACUCAAGAACAUGGUCGAAAAGCUGAAGGGACGUCUUGUGGCGGAGAAGGUCCUGAAGCGACUACGUGAAGUCGGUCGCGAGAAGAAACGCCGUGGCAGUGGUGCUGGUCAUGCCGCCAAGGUGUCUGCUCAAGACCUGGCUGUCAGCGACAGUGAGGUAGAUGACGAUGAUGAUGAUGUUGUUGAUGCUGUAGAGAAGGCUGUUGAGGAUGAUGAUGAAGAGGGGAUUGAGGAGAACGAUGCUGUCCUGGCCGGGAUUGAGAAACGCUCGAGCGAGAGGAAAGCUCAUAGCCGCCGUAGAGCUGUGCGGACGAACGAUGACGAUGAGGACUACCGUGAGGACUAAUACUCGAACACCAAACGAUCCUUUGAGUCCAAUUCCUCCAUCUUCCUCUUCACUCUAACAUUGUAAUAACACCUGUAUAUUUCCUCUCGCUUUUCGCUGCAUCGACUUGCAUAAACAUAUAAUGAACCAUAAUAAACCUCAGUUGAGAAAGG